AUGAGGUCAACGUGGCUGAAUAUACUGGCAGCAGCACUUAUCUGCCACCACGCUGGUAGUGCUGUCGCUGGUCCUAUCCCUGACGAGGAGCACAAUGAGAAACGUCAGAUCCCAGUUGGCACGUAUGAUUAUGUCAUAGUUGGUGGUGGCACUGCUGGGUUAACAUUAGCUGCACGUCUCAGCGAAGACUCCAACAUUCAAGUGGCUGUACUUGAGGCAGGAACAUACUACCAAGCAGGCAACCCUCUCCUAUCGUCAACACCAGCUGGCGAUGUGAUUGGAGUUGGUGCCAGCCCCUUGGACACUAAUCUCGUGGACUGGAACUUCGUCACCACGCCUCAAUCUGGAGCAAACAAUCGUCGGAUUCACUAUGCUCGUGGCAAGUGCCUGGGUGGCAGUUCCGCUCGCAACUUCAUGAUAUACCAACGCGGUACCAAGCAGUCGUACCAGAAGUGGGCUGAUGCUAUCGGCGACUCGAGUUAUACUUGGGACAACUGGCUGCCGUACUUCAAGAAGAGUGUCGAGUUCCACGCUCCUUCAGACUCCCGCGCCGCCAAUGCCUCGGCAGAGUUCGAAGCCAGCGCAUUUGACGACUCCGCCGGACCACUGCAGGUGGGCUAUGCCAACUGGGCGCAACCUUUUUCGAGCUGGAUGGAACCAUCUCUGAACGAGAUAGGCGUGCCUCCUAUCAAGGACUUUAACAGCGGCUCAUUACUAGGUGCCCAAUACUGUGCCGAUACACUCAACACGGAAAUGAAGCGUGAAAGCUCCCAGACCUCAUUCCUUGACGAUGUCAAGGAUAGACCAAACUUGAAAGUCAUCCAGUUCGCCCUCGCCAAGAAGAUACUUUUCGACAACAGCAAGAAGGCAAAUGGUGUAACAUACCAGACCGGUCUGUUAACAUUUACAAUCCGUGCCCGAAAAGAGGUCAUCCUUAGCGCCGGUGCUUUCCAGUCACCCCAGCUUCUGAUGGUUUCCGGCGUGGGUCCCGCAGCGAUCUUACGCAAGUACGGCAUCUCAGUGAUUGCUGACCGCCCCGGUGUUGGUCAGGGGAUGCAAGAUCACGUCUUCUUUGGCCCCACCCACAGAGUAAACGUGCAGACACUCACCAGAAUUGCCAAUGACCCGAUCUAUCUCGCUUCCGAGUUUCUGACCAACUACCCCAAACAGCAGGGUCCUUUGACAAACCCUAUUUGCGAUUUCCUGGGCUGGGAGAAGAUCCCGCGGGAACUGCUACCAGCAUCUGCAGUGUCGACACUCGAUGCCCAGUUCCCGCCGGAUUGGCCAGAGCUCGAAUAUCUCUCCGCUCCAGGCUAUGUGGGUGACUUCUCAAACUUGCUCACCACCCAGCCGAAAGAUGGAUAUCAGUAUGCCACCAUCUUGGGUGGGCUCGUUGCGCCCCUGAGCCGUGGCACGGUGACUAUCACCAGUGCCGACACCAAUGUCCUGCCGCAGAUCAACCCGAAUUGGCUGACAGACCCAACGGACGUGGCCGUCGCCAUCGCGACCUACAAGAGGCUGCGGGCUGCGUUUGCAAGCGACGCCAUGUCUGGUGUCUUGGCUGAGGACAAGGAGUAUUUUCCUGGCCCAGCGGUGCAAACGGACGCGCAGAUCUUGCAGACGAUUCGUAACACGGUCAUGACCAUCUGGCAUGCAUCUUGCACAUGCCGUAUGGGGAAGAAGGAUGACGUGAAUGCAGUCGUCGACAGUGAUGCGAAAGUCAUUGGUGUCACAGGCCUGCGGGUUGUGGAUGCGAGCAGUUUUGCAUUGCUGCCGCCGGGCCACCCACAGAGCACGGUCUACGCAUUGGCAGAGAAGAUCGCGGCGCAAAUCAGAGCUGGCAGGUGA